AAAUUGAGCACUGUAAAUACACGUGUUUGUGUGUCUUAUCAGGUUUCAUAAUCAAUAGUGUCAUUUUACACAAAAUUGACUUUGUAGAUUGAUCAUUGAGUCUGUAGGAAGAUCACAGACCCAUAAAACAAAUGUACUAAUACUAAAACCUUUAGAAUUUUCCUAUAACUCUAUAAGUACAACUAAUGAAUUGAAUUCUGAAUUUUAUUAGAACUUGCUAGAACACCUUACUAGCGCGAGCGUUCAGUCUGAAUAUUACUAUUGCAGAAGUGAAUUGCGGUGUGAAGUUGUUUGGCUCAGUUCGAGUUAUUCUUGAAUUGUUAAUUCAAUAAACAUAUAGGCCUAUUAAUAUUAUUUUUGUGAUUAGACAAUGACUGCUGAUGAGAUCAAGGUACCAUACAGCCCUGGUCCCAAUGCUUUUGACAUCACUCCUGCCGGAGAUGGGGGUGUGUUGAAGGAAAUAAUCAAGCAAGGUGAAGGAGAGUAUACCCCCAAUUCUGGCUGCAAGGUCUAUGUACACUACACAGGCACUCUUACAGAUGGCACAGUCUUCGAUUCCAGUCGAGACAGAGGAGAGCCUUUUGAGUUUAAUCUAGGCAAAGGCCAAGUCAUCAAAGGAUGGGACAUUGGUGUGGCUACUAUGAAACGAAAGGAGGUGGCUAUGUUGACAUGCAGGUCCGAUUAUGCCUAUGGGAAGAGUAGUGGUUCUCCAAAAAUACCCCCUGAUUCCACACUUCAUUUUGAGGUGGAAAUGAUUGACUGGCAGAAAGAGGAUCUGAGUCCAAAGAAAGAUGGAGGGAUAUUGAGAAAUAUAUUACAGCCUGGAGAGGGACAUGCUACACCCAAUGAUGGCUCCAUGGUGGACGUUCAUCUGAUAUGUGAAUAUAAUGGAAAAGUUGUGGAAGAGAGGGAUGUUACCUUCAACCUAGGAGAGGGAAUUGAGUCUGGUAUUCCACAAGGUGUUGAGAAAGCUCUGGAGAAGUUUAAACUAAAAGAAAAGUCACAGUUAGAAAUUAAAUCAAAAUAUGCGUGGGGCAAAGAAGGCAGGCCUGAUUUACAAAUACCACCAAACUCUGAUCUCAUUUAUACAAUAACUUUAAAUAACUUUGAAAAGUUGAAAGAAACCUGGGCACUGGAUUCUGAUGGAAAACUAGAGCAAGGAAAAUUUUUCAAAGAAAAAGGAACAAAUUACUUUAAAUUAAAUAAAUUAAAGCUAGCUUUAAAAAUGUACAAGAAAGCAAUUGAAUAUUUAGAAUUUGAUUCAGGGUUCGUUGAGGAAGGAGAGAAAGAGCGCAAAGCGUUGCUGAUAUCCAACCACUUGAACUGUGCCUUGUGUCUGAUCAAGCUGCAGGAGUUUACUGAGGCCAAAGAACAAUGUAACAAAGCUUUAGAGUUGGAGCCUACCAGUGAAAAAGGACUGUUUAGGAGAGGCCAGGCCAAUUUAUUUCUUGGAGAGCCAGAAAUAGCCAAAGUGGACUUCGAGACAGUAUUGAAACAGGAUCCAAACAAUAAAGCAGCUGCCCAACAUGUAAUGGUAUGUAACCAGAAGAUGAAGGAGCAGAAAGCUAAAGAAAAACAAAUCUACGCCAACAUGUUUGAGAAGUUUGCCCAAAAGGAUCGAGAAGAAAAAGAUUGCAGAUUUGGAUGGUGGACAGGAAAAUCUGUAGAAGUUGAAAAAAUGGAAGAAAAUUUGGAGGAAAUUCAAAAUGAAAAAGAGUUAAAAUUGAAGGAGCACAGAGAAUUUAUUAAGCAAAUGAAAGAAAGAAAAGAGAGAUUGGAACAGGAACUCAAAUAUAAAAAGUUAGAUACACAGGAUGAGAAAACCGAAGUAGCUAAUGGAGAUAAUGAAGAAAAUAAAUCAGAAGUGGAUAACAAAACUGAAAAAGAAGGAGGAGGAGGAGCGCAAGAAGCAGCCAGACGUGAUGAAGACGCUGGGGGAGUGGGGACAGGACGAGCGUGAGCGUGAACCCACAGAGUUCGAGAAGGAAAAUCCCAACAUUCUCAUGUUAGAUGGCACGGGUGACUUCAAGAAUAUGUAAACCCUAUGAUUUUUGGACGAAUCAUAAAUAUUAUUUGUAAUGUAUUAAACAUAAUGAUGUUAUAUGUUUUAAAAAACGAAUAAAACAUUUUCAAAACAUGAACUGAAAAUUUAAUUUAGUAUAAUUCUUUUUGUUUAAUCAUAUUUCAAACAAAUGCACUUCUAAAUUCUUGUAUAUUCAACAAGUAGAUUUAUAUUGUUAUAACCUAUAAUUUGUAUUCCAGCAAAGAUAUUCCUUUCUCAAUUAAAGAUCAAGAAUCAACCCAUAUAAUAGACUGUUUUCAAUAGAUUUACAAAUUAGAGGCAGUAUGUAUCAUUUUAGCUUUAUGAUUAAUUACAUGUGACUUAUUCAAUAAAACUUCUUUUAUUAUGGCUUUUACAAGUAAAA